AGUAUGAUCAGAUAAGGAUAAGCAAGGCUUCUUCUCAACACACAAAGUUACCUAAGUAACUUUGGUUCACCGAGGUCAAGUUACCUUGCCCAAUCUGUACGGCCUAGUACGGCUUCUGUACGGCCUUGCCCAAUCCUCUCCUAACUCCAUUUCCCUUAGCUCCUCAAGUCAUCUCUUCUCAUAUACUGAACUCAUCUUAACAACGGAAAGUAUGAGGAUAGGAAGUUCAAUGGCAAUUGUGAUCAUUGCAAGAAGCAUGGACACAAGAAGAGCCAAUGCUGGAUACUUCAUCCCCAUUUGAAGCCGGCGAAGUUCAUGAAGGAAAGGGAGGCAAGGGCGCAUGUAUCCGAUGGAGCAGGACCAUCUAACCGUGGAGCUGAAGGAGAGGGACGUGAGGGUGAUGGCAAGGCACUGGUGACAUACUCAGCAACUCCUAACAUCCGCGGCAAUGAUCAGGACUUCAUAAGGAGAUCCGAGAUGGAUGCACUCAUCAAAAUGCUCAAGGAGAAUGGUAACAUUCAUGGGUACUCUUUUGGUGCAUCAAUGAUAGCUAGGACUAUAAAUACUACUCCAUACGUUACUGACAUUGCUAGGAUGAAUAGCAUUAAGAGUAGUGACAAUGCUAGAGCCGAGUACACCUUUGAUAGAAAUGCUAGGAUGUAUCAUGAGCUUAAAGCAUUUAGAUCACCUUUGAACCUUUGUCACACUGCUAGCAACAUAACUAAGCCAUUAAUUGUUGAUUCUGGUGCAUCUCAUCACAUGAUUAGUGAUACAAACCUCAUUAAAGAUAUAGAACCAACUAAUGGACAUGUUAUGAUUGCAAAUGGAGAUAAGAUACCUAUUAGAGGAAUAGGAAACUUGAAAUUGUUUGACAAAAACUCUAGAGAUUUCUAUAUGCCUGAUUUCACAUCCAACUUGUUAUCUGUCAAGAAGUGCACAACUGAUUUGAAUUGCAAUGUUAUAUUCAGUCCUAAUGAUGUGAAGUUUCAGGAUAUUGAGAGCAGCCAAAUGAUUGGAAAAGGAAUCACUAAAGGAGAGUUGUAUUUGCUUGAAGAACUUGAACCUGUUUCCAAUCACAAAUGCUCAUUUACUUCUGCUUCUAGUUUAAAUAAAAAUGCAUUGUGGCAUGCUAGAUUAGGACAUCCCCAUGGUAGGGCUUUGAACUUGAUGUUACCAGGUGGGUACAAGUGCUAUGAUCCUGAUGCAAGGAGAGUGUUGGUAUCUAGAGAGGUGAAGUUUGUUGAGACAAAAGGGUAUUAUGAAGAAAAGAAGUGGGAGGAUCUGAAGGAUUUAUCUCAAGCUCCCUCUAAUAAGGCAACAAUACUGAGAGUGUUGUUGGAGAAGUUAGGGAUAGGUGAGCAAGAGCAAAACCAAGAAGAUUCAGGUCAUCAUAAUCAAGAGGAUGGUGCUCAGUCUAGUAGAGAUGAGCAAGGACAGUCUACUGGUUCAGAUGAGAGUGUGGCUCAGUCUACUGGUUCAGAUGAGAGUGUGGCUCAAUCUACUGGUUCAGAGGAGAGUGGAGCUCAGUCUAGUGAAGGUGUGCAGCAAGAAGCACAAGAAGAAGAACAAGCUCAGGAAGCAAUGGGAUCUGAGGAGGACGAUGAAACUUUUAUGAGAAGGAACAAAAUGUUACAAGAAGCAAUCACCAAACAAGUAAUGGAUGCGAUGGUGAAGUUGCUGGAAGAGAAGUAUGAUCAGAGACCAAUUGAUGGGCAAGGACAAGCAUCUGGCCAGAGACGUGAGUAA